UGCUAUUCAAGUGUAUUUUCUCCGGUGCUGUUUAUACUAGAUUCUAGUUCUAUUCUAGUAAACAUAGCUACCAUAAAAACUAUGGAGGAAUCUGAAAAUCCUGUCAGUGAAUAUGAUAUUGAUGUAGGCGAAGUUAAAGAAAAUAGUGAAAGUGUGGAGAAAAGCAAAAGUGAAAUUCCUACUUUCGAUUUCUCAGAAAGGUCAUGGAGAACAGACUUUGUUCUUAUUGUUGAAGGGACGAGGUUACACGUUUCCAAAGCUGUUUUAUCACUUGCUUCGCCGGUUUUUGACACGAUGUUUCAAUCAAAUUUCAAGGAAAGGACCUGUGACGAAUUAGAAUUGCCAGGAAAGAAAUUAGAUGAUGUCCUAGAAUUUCUACGAUGUAUUUAUCCGAACACGUUCACCCACAUCACUCGUGAUAGUGCUGUGAAAGUACUGCCUCUAAUAGAAGAGUAUCAGGUUUUACAGCAUAAACCAAGAUGUGAAGUUUCACUGUUGGAGAGUGUCAGUGAAGAUACGGUUGUGGAGGAAUUGUUUCGACUGUUACAAGUUGCAUAUCUGUAUGACUUGAAGGUUCUAAGAAAAAGAUGCAUAGACCUCGCAUCCUGUAGGUCACAGGAAGAGGUAGACGAAGCAACUAGACAAUUCCAACCACCUGCAGAGGCGUUAAAUAGAAUACUGGCAAAUAUGAUUAUCACAAUGAAAGGAAGGAUAACAGAUCUUGAGACAAAAAUUAAAAAAAUAUCUACAGAAAGUAAAAACAAUAUUGCAAAACUUAGAAAAACUAACGCGGAACUUACGGAGGAGCUGGAACUUUUGAAGCAAUAUUUGUCAGCUGAUGUCAGGAAUAUAAAAGACCUAAAACUUGAUGGCGACUGUAACUGGAAAGAAAUGCAAGAAGUUCUGCUAAUUAACACUGGCGAAAAAUGUUUAAAAUCUGAAAAAGAAGUUGAUAUCUGGGAUGUCCCACUCGUCAUUUCGACUUCCACCAGCCAAAAGAAUAAUCGGGAGUGGAUAACAAUACAAAUCAAGAACAAAGGGAAAAAAAUUAUUUGUCGACUUAAGGUGCGAGUUGUUAUUGUCAAUAGGCAGCCUCAGGGACUAAAUGACAUAUUUACUUUUGAGGAUAGUAUGGGCUCUAUGCAGUUCGCAAAUAUGUUUCUGAAACCAAAAUAUGACGCCAUUGAUUUGAAAAAUGGAUUUAUAAUUGACAGCAAAAUUGGGUUAAUAAUACAAAUAUAUAUGUCAGAACCACUAAGAACAUGCCAAUUUGAUUUCUUGACUGCAUUCAUGUCAAACUGAGAACAUGUUUAACUAAGAACAUGUCAAACUGCGUACCUUAUAAACUAUAAACAUUGUAAGAUAAAUAAUGCAAAUGCCUCUGAGACUUUUUGUUUUACCUCCCACCAGAUUCUAUUCCUUUAAUGGUUUAGUAGUGUCUCAUGGUUGCCCUCUAUAUUUCUAUAGAGGGUCAUUGGGUGACUCUUCAUGAGAAUUGCAAUUCAAACUGGCGGAAAUUUGCAUUUUAAUUAUGAUUUAACAUUUCAUUUUUUAGGUUGAUUAUACAAUGAAUGAGGGAGCUAUCCCACUUGCCCGGAAGAAGUAAUUAAGUGGUCGACAAAACAAAUCAAUUAUUGGGUAUGUUACUGACCCUCACCUGAAAUAUGUAGGGUCAGUAUGCUUCGCCUCGCCCUCUAUAAAGCAUACCUACAUAUUUCCGUAGAGGGUCAGUACCUUAUAAUUAAUAUUGCAGGCAAAUUGCAGAUUGCCCACUGUUACACUGUCUACGAAGCUUAUGUUAAACUAACGUAAUCAACUUCUAUAGUCGUCGCAACUUGACCGCGAUGGUUGACCUUAGGCUGAUUAUUCAUAUCGAUUAUUUCAUUAUAGUAAUUAAGAGUGCUUAGGGUAGCCAUGUAUAUUUAUAUUGAAUAAGUUUGUAUACAUUGCAGUAUCAAAGUAUAUAUACUUACAUUUGAUCAUUUAAAACUUUCAAAUACACUAAUUUAUAUUUACAUAAAUUUAUAUUUCCUUUUUUCGUGCACCUCGUGUUUUACGUACACAGGUUGUGCCUCAUUAUGUAUUAUAAUGCAAAGGUCAACCAUCGGGGUCAAGUUGCGUCCACUAUACAAAACUAGUAUGGAACACUGUUGAUAUCGACAUAAUUCUUGUUAUAAAUUCACAGCUCGGUUUAAAGGGCGUGAUGUUUAAGGUUCAUCUUUAAGAGGAUCAGAAACAAACAUUUUUGUCUUGCCUCAAUGAAACAUCAGCUUUUGGUAUAUUUUAGAAAGCCAUGAUAUACAUGUUUGUGUUUGAUCUCUUUUGUAGAAAGAUAUCAUUUAAAUAGUUUGCUAUAUCUCGUUUUGAUGUUAUCUUUUGUAGAAUAUGGUCGUGGUGUUCAACAUAUUUCGGAAUAUUUCGGAGAGUAUAUACAUAUGUUAACGCAGAUGUUAAGAUAUAUUUCUAUCACAGACCUUAUUGAAUAAAAUCUGUAAAAAGAUCCUUUGGAAGCAAACAAUGCAACCAAGAAGAAUAAUAGCAGACUCGGUUUGAUUGAGUCUGUUCAUGAGAGGUAAUGAAAUGUGCAACACCUCUCACGCCCCCUAGCACCAUUUUUAGAAUCCAUUUUUAAACCUUUAAUCACUUCUUAGACACAUUUGUAUAUUUUCACCACGAUGUUCAAUUAAGGUCUGGGAAACGUUCGACAUAAAUCUGUUGUCUAUGACCGUUUUAUCCGUUUUUUUUAAAUAAGAUAUUUUGAACCUAGAUUUUGUUUCUGGAAUAUAUUUAAAAUUAAGUUUGAUAAAAAAAUCACCAUUGCUCGAACAUACCGAAAUCAUUUUUAUUGUGUUUUAUCUUUAAUGUGAUUCCCUGCAAAUGUAAAUAAACUAUUGUUUGAAAUAUUAACUGUGAUAUUAGGUGCUUUUCCACUUUUAUAUAAUUUCAAUGAUUAAUUUUAAAUUUAGACAUUGUUUGUAUUCGCAUAUACAUGUAUAUAGCUUUGA